GGUUCAUAUAAAUGCUUUGUCCACGCCGGUUAAGUGGCAAACGUGUGCAACUAGUAUAUAUUCUGAAUUAUUUAACAAUUUAACUCAAUGUGUUUCCGUGCGGUUUGCAUUUAAAAAGAAGCAGUCGUGAUGUUUAUAUUCCGAUAAAAGGAAGAGAUCAAUUGGGCUCGUUUUCGUCCAUAUCAAGCAUAUCUAUGUAUGUACAUACAUAAGUAUAUAUUAUUGCAUACUUAAGUUCCUGAAAGUUCAUACAAAUCCGACACGCAUAAAUGGCUUAAGGCUACGAGACGGAACCCCAUGCUUUGAACCGAACCUCUUGGCUAAACAAUGGAUUUGUUUUGUUCGGAAAACAUAUUUAAUGAAUCUGAUUCAUCCUUGUAUCGCCGAAAUAAAUGCCAACAAAAAAUGGCUGCGCCGAUGAUCAUCAGGGAUUCAUCAUCAAUGUGUUCGGUGAAGACAGAUCCUGAUUCAGAGCAAAGUCCUGAAAACCCGGAUGUGUGCAAUAUGGAUGAGAUCGUCUAUAUAUAUGCAUCGAUGGACUCGGCCCCCAAGAAUCAAGAACUGGAACCACGUUACAUCAGCAAGGAAUCGACGUCACAACCACAAUCGCAAUCACAACGGCUUCAUCAGCGGCUGACCCAAUCGAAUUCGAAUUCGAAUGUGAAUGCGAAUUCCAAUUCGAAUUCGGCAUCAACCGCAACGGACAACGUGAACACUGCAAUCGGGGAUCCCACAUUAUAUUCCGAUCGUUGUCUGGAGAAUGCGCUCAAGACCGAGGAGAAACACCACCAAAUUGUCGACACGUACUUCACCAUUCAAAAGGACAUCACUCCGCCAAUGCGUAAAAUUGUCGCCGAGUGGAUGAUGGAAGUGUGUGCUGAAGAAAAUUGCCAGGAAGAGGUCGUGUUACUGGCAUUAAAUUACAUGGAUCGAUUUCUUUCGAGCAAAUCAGUUCGCAAGACCCAUCUGCAAAUUUUAGCUGCCGCUUGUCUUUUGCUGGCCUCAAAACUCCGUGAGCCCAGCUGCCGUGCACUUUCAGUAGACCUACUGGUUGUUUAUACGGACAACAGCAUUUACAAGGAUGAUUUGAUUAAAUGGGAGUUGUACGUGCUGAGCCGAUUAGGCUGGGAUCUGUCAUCUGUGACACCGCUGGAUUUUCUUGAGCUUCUAAUGAUGCGCCUGCCGAUAGGAAGUAAACACUUCCCAGACAUAAACAUUGGAAAAGUUAGAGGACAUGCACAGGCAUUUAUAUCAUUGGCAGCAAAAGAACAUAAAUUUGCCAAGUUCUCGGCCAGCACAAUAGCUGCUUCGAGUAUUGCUGCAUCGAUGAAUGGCUUGAAGUGGCAUCUGCGAUCGGGACACAACUUACAUUUUCUGUUGAGUCUUAUGACUGACCUAACCAGCGUGGAGCAAGCACAGGUGCAGGACUGCAUGCUACAUAUGGAAGACAUCUUCAAGGAGCACAGUCGAAACUUGCAGCCUUUUCUUGUCAACAUAGACCCUUCGCAGAUGUCAACGUUAUACUACCAGGGUCGUUUUGAAAUACAUCAAUCCCAGCACCUAUCACAAAUCUCAAUUCGAUCCUUGCCACUGCCUAAAGCUUCAGCCGAAUGCGUUGAGCAACAUCAGCAGCACAGCUUUGGAGCUGCGGUGCCUCAUAGAACGCAUACAUGCAAAAUGCAGGCGCAGGCUCAAAAUGAGUUACAAGACGUUACAUUUUGAUAAAUCAAAAUACAACAAGAUAGUUAUAUAUAAAGCUAGAUUGUAAACAAAAAAAUAUAUUUGAUACUACUUUAAAGUUUAUAUAGAAUCACGUUCAUAUUAUACAUACCUGUACAUGUAAGAUCGGUCAAUAUUGUUUUACAUCUAUACCGAUGUAUUUAUUUACCCAAUUAUGUGUACUAAACAAUGGGUUUUUAUUGUAACUAUAAUUAAAUUGUAAAAAAUAGUGUAAGACAAACAUCAUGGAACUUUAAAAUGGAUAAAACAUUAAAACGAGACUGAUUGUAAACAGUAAA